CGGAGAAAAAAGUUGGAAACUAAGACCUAAGGUAAAAAAGAAUGGAGUAAUUUCAUUAAAAAGUCUUGCAAAUUACAGCUAAAAUGCGAUCGGGGUAUUUUAAUCAUUUGCAAAAGCAUAUCAGCCGCACAAGAAAUGUUUGCAGAAUUGCGAAAUCAUUUCAGUAAAUGUAGACAUCCUCCAGACAUGAAAAUUUACACUCGAAACGACAAAAGCGAGCAGUACCAAGUUAAGAAAAUUACAUCAAAUCAAAUUAUCGUUGCCACAAUUGUGGCCGCAAGAGGGACGGAUAUUUGUGCCAAUGAUUUAGAAGCUUUUGGAGGAAUGCAUGUUAUCUUAACAUUUGAACCGAAAGAUAUUUCCCGGGGUGAGUUGCAGGUGGAGGGUCGAACAGGAAGGAAAGGUGGGCUUGGUAGUACGCAAAAAGUGUUACAUUUAAUAGUGAACAAUUCAGGACAGGGGGGCACAAAUUAUUUAGAUAAUUACUACGCCCGACUUCCACUCCAAAUUGCGGCGGAUAAUAUGUUUGAGAAUUAUUGUAAAAACUUAAGACAAAUGCGGGAUGAAAUAAACUAUAGCUAUAAGCUAUACAAAUCUCGUAAACAAUCCCGGGACGUAGAAAUUCCAAUCAUUUUCUCCACCAUUGAGACACAGUGGGGUUUGUUUUUACACGAAAUUGAAAAUGAAGCUUAUCCCGCAGAAGAAAUUGAUUCAAAGUUUAAAAAUCUUUUGCAAGUUUUAAAUUCCUAUAUAAGAAAUCCAAUUUCAGAAAUUCCUAAUAUUUUCCAUCACAUUCAAGUCGGCAAUGCAUAUUUAUAUGAAAGCGGAUGGUUUAAGAAUUACACAAUUAGAGCCGUUACAUCUUACACCUGUGCGCUAAAUAUUGUUUCGCAGUCAGAAAGACAUUUUGCAGCUCCGGCCUACCUGGGUUUGGCACAUAUAGCGAUUCAAACUCGAUCCGUGGAUUCAGCAUUUUACGGAUAUGAUGAUAAUCGAGACAAUUACAAAAUCCUAGCUCUAAAAUAUUUGAAUCUUUGCAGCAAAUAUACAACGAACGAAUACCUUCACGUGUCACAAUGUCGUUCCAUCUCAGAAGGAAAAAUAGGGUCAAAUUUGUCAGAUAAAUAUCGCACAAGGGAAGAAUUGGUUGGGAAAUGCUUAACGGAAAUUUACUCGGCUAGAGAAAUAAUUCAAAAGAGUUUAAGACUUUUUAAUGUCAGUGCGUUUGACGAAAAAAAUAGAAAAUUUGUCCAUAUUACAAAACUACAUAGGGGAUUGCCAGUGGCGGCGGAAGAUGACGUCAUCGGGGGGACAUUAGCGUUGCAGGAUAUAAGAAGGCGGGACUUCUCAACAUUGACAGGAUACCAAUGUCCCCCCGACAUUUGCCCGGGAUUGCACAAACAGGAUGCUAUAGAAUUAGAGGAGUUCUCGAAUUAUUUAAUUUCAUUCAGCGAUCUAACUGCACAUUCUGAUCUACGUUGGACGUAUGACCAAUAUGUCGAUACAAUUAAUAAUUCUGGUGCUGAUAAAAUUUCUCUUGGUUUGGAAAACAUAUCUGUUAAGAACGCCCUUAAGUUAUUGCAAUGUUACAAGUUUUUCUCAAACCUUGGUAAAAAUGAGGCUUCAAAAAUUUUGAAGGCUGAAUCAAGUCACACCAAAUUAAAACUAGUCGUACGAAAUAUAGAUAAUCCGAAAUUACAUGAUAAGAUAAGUGUUUCAAAGGCAAUAACUACAAUUUCCCAGCAACCCUUAAAUGCAUCUUUUGAUAUUGACAUUGAAACCAGUGCAGAUAUUCGAGACGCAAUUUCCGGUUGUAAAACCAAGUUUAUUACGGAACCGAUGUGUUUCAGCGAUGCGGAUAAGAUUCUUUCGCAUAACAAUAUUACAGUGCUCUCGUUAGAAAUUGAAGGAUCGACAAAUGACUCAAACAGUAAUGUUUGGAGGGGACAAACAUUGCAAUCUUCUUUAUGGAGAAAUGGGACACUUAAAUCCUACCAAGACUAUCAGUCCUAUUUCAUUAAAAGUUCUGACCUGACAGAAUUACUUAGUUUUGCAGAGGCAAAUAGUGAGGAGAAAAUAAAAGUUGAAUUUCAAGUAGAUUUAACCCGUGAAACGAAUGUUGCUUGGCUGGAAGCCUUAUCCUGUAGAAACUGUACUUUAAAAAUUUGUGAAAUUGAUUCUAAAAAGUGUCUCACUUAUAUCAAAUUUUUACGAGAAAACAACGCAGAAUUUUGUCUAAUUCUACAAACGGAUUCUUACCAUUCAUUAGAACUAAUAAUUGGUAGGGUUAACUUGGAACAAAAGGAAAUUUACGUGAAAGAAUUCUUAAAAUUAGAGCAACUAUAUAUCGGCUCGUACACCUUUCCCAAGCAAAUAAUCCAAGAAUACAAAUAUCGAGGUUUGAGUCACUUCUUCAGAGUUUACGAAGAAGGUCCUAUUCAAGUUCUUAAUUCGUGUGCUCUUGGCUCCUUUGCAAUUGCACAAAUCGGAGCCGGGAUUUGUUUUCGUCAAACGUUGUUAUUAACUGAAGGAUUAUUCGAUCUAAAAAAACUCGUGUACAAUUCCCUUUACUUAAGGGAAGAGAUGAAUUGGUCCAAUUACGCUAUCAGCAAGGGGGCUGCAAUCGUACUUUAUGGAACUUGUAACCUCGUUAAAGCAAGUUGGGCAGCAAAACUCUCAAUUGGUUGCGCUAAAGCACCACCCGAGUUAUGGAAGAUGGUUCUGACUGCAAGUGCACCUUUAAUUACAAAUUCGGUCAGUGAACUUGCAUCAAAAUUCAUUGUUUCAAAAUUUGACCACCACAUUUUCACCAAUCUUGACACAAGACUAACACAAAUAUUAAGUGAACCUUGGUUUUCGGAACGUCUAAGUCGAAUUUACGCAAUUGACGCUGUUUUCGAGGAAAAUAACUUACACAAUUUUUUCCAAACAUUAAUCGGGGAAUCGCAUAACAUUAGAUACAGUCCCAUAGGGAAAUUGGUACACCAGUUUUUUGCUCCAAUAUUAUCAAAUGUAUAUACGCAGAUACACUUAGGUAAUAAAUGGGAUAACGUAAUCCAACUUGUGCUUACAGCGUUACAUUUGGUUUUCGGUGGUGUAGACAUGUACACGUUUAUUGCGAGGAUUGAGAAUGACGUAAUAAUAAAAAAUCUGGAACUUUACCAUGCACGCUAUUCAAAUAAAGUAUACUUGACCUGUAAAGCCUUAAAAUGGAACGAGGCUCAAGAACUUGUUGAGAGUCGGAAAUAUGAGAAAAUGGAAGAAUUUAGGAAACAGUUAGAUGCAGCAGCAGGAAGUUAUACUGUUGACAAGAUUAGUUUAUUUGUAAAAGAACUUUGUUCUGUUCUGGGUAACAUGAUGCACGAAUUAUGUUUGGACCAGGUUAUACUACCAUUAUCAACAUAUGUUUCGAACAUAGCUGUACAAUCAGCGACGGUCUGUAUACUCCAGAAGAUGUUAAACCCUUCCGAUAGAAAUGUAUUAGAGGAGAAAAAGCAGAUUAACACUGAUAAACCUGACAGCACCUUGGCUAAAAUGCAGGACUCGAAAGAAGCAAGUGUAGUUUCGAAUGACGUGAAAAUUUUCCAGGAUGAAAUUCACCCUGUUGACGCCACGGUAAAGCAAGUUGAGUCUGAACCUCAGCACUCGAAAGCGACAAAAAAUUCGAAACGUAUAGAUGAUCCACAUUCAUCAGGAGAAAAGCCACCAGUUAGUAAACGCAAAUCUAAAAUUGAAGCCCAUUUACCAGAAAAAAACAUUAAAUUUAUUGCACAACCUCCAGCCAAAUGUGGGGAAAUUUUUUACAAUUCGUCAAACCCUUCCGCCCAACUUGUAGAUAUUUUUUCAAAUUUAACUUUAGCCCCUCCAAAACCUUAUAAAAUCAAACAAAUUAAUCCAAAGCUUAUAACUUAUAUAAAAACUGGCUACCAUGCAGAUAAAUUCGUUACUUUGACCGCUCAUGAAAUUGUAUAUGAUCAAGAAAUUCCUUCAAAAUUCCUUCAAAAAGUUCACGAUUCUUUUCGAAAUCAGGGCAGAAUGUUGGUUUUAGUACACGGUUUUGAAAGCGGACCUGACGCAUGGUCGGAUGAAGUUAAGGACAAGGUAUUUAGCCUGGAUAAUAAUGAUCGCGUUAUUUGUGCCCUUGAUUGGAGUCCAGGGUCCUCAUUAGGGUUAACGAAUUACCCUCAGGCCGCCAGCAAUGUCAUCCCAACUGCCGAGUGGCUGGCAACUAUUUUACUAAAGCUUUGUAAAAGUGACAAGGACGAGAAUAAAAUUUACGGAAUUGGACAUAGUUUAGGUGCUCACUUAAUCGGAAAAACGGCUGAAAUUUGCAUGAAAAAUAAUUUACCUUUUUCCCGGGUAACCGGACUUGACCCUGCACGGCCGGGCUUUGAGAGGAAUCCUCUUAUGAACUACAGGUGUGCUCCAAUCGUCGAUUGUAUUCAUACCUGUGAAUUGUAUGGUAGUAAAAAUCCCCAUGGAACGGUGGAUUUUUACCCGAAUUUUGGGAAAAAUCAGCCAGGCUCGAAACCUAACAUAGCUGCUGGAAGCCAUAACUUUGCUCACAAGUUUUUUAUUCACAGCAUUUCUAACCCUGGGAAAUUUACAACUUCAAAGGUUUUAAAAGAUGUAGACAAUAAAGAUGUAGAAGAUGUAGAUGUAAAAUAUCAGGCGGAGAUGGGUUAUUUUGCAGAUGGGGAAGGAAAUUAUUGUGGUGAGAAUGGGGAAGAAAGCAAGUUUUGGUAUUAUCUUGAUGUUGGCAGCGUGUGAGAAAUUUAUGAAUUCAUAGUCUAGAUAUUGUUUAGUCCAGAAAUAUGGUUUCAAAUGUUUCAAAUGCGGUAAUAUUUAGUGAGAAAUUUAAUUUUAAGUUUGACAGUUUAAUAGUUCAACAUCAAAUGAAAUUGUUAUUUAUUUUGAAUUUGUAGCAACUGUUGUAAUACAAUUUAAUGUUUUAUUUUAAUUAAUCAUAUAAAACACAUGUCAAACUAGUACAUGUAAUGAUUGUAAUUGUGAUUUUUGGAUAUAAAAAAUAAUACCGUAAUAAACUUUGUCACCAGUAGUAGCUAAAUUUUCAAUAAAUAUGAUAAUAAAGUUGUUACCGAUUAGUGGUAAACCUAUUUCCAAAUUCUACUGUAUUUCCUUCUUCAGUUAAUACUAACUUACUACCGAUAUAUGUAUGUAUGUAUAUUGAAAUUAUGACGACUGCAGUUGAGCAAUAUGUUUGUGGUCGCCGCAGAUUAUUACUACGUAAUGUUUUGACACGUUUACAAAUUGUUCAAUUAUAUCCUUGUUUGUAAAUCAGUUAGCAAUUAACUACCCAACUUAUCUUGGCAUAAUAGGCCUAUACAAUAUUUAUAACAUGUGCAUACAUACAAUAAAAUUUCUUCACUAAUGGUCAAUGCAAAAA